CUUUCCUUCUCAUUCUGGGUUUCCUCUAAUUCCAGUAAAGAUUUAAUUUUUCCAACUAAAAAUUUAUCAACUUUCAGCUGAGAAAACAAAGACAGCUUUGGAGCAAAGAGGAGAAGAUAGUUUUUGCAAACAUCAUGAACCAGAAGGCUAACGUUUCUAAAGAACUCAACGCUAAACACACAAAGAUAUUGGAUGGCCUUCUUAAGUUACCUGAAAAUAGAGAAUGUGCAGACUGCAAAACCAAGGGACCACGAUGGGCUAGUGUUAAUCUCGGAAUAUUCAUUUGCAUGCAAUGUUCAGGGGUUCAUAGAAGUCUUGGAGUACACAUAUCAAAGGUGAGAUCUGCGACUUUAGAUACAUGGCUUCCGGAACAGGUUUCUUUUAUCCAAUGCAUGGGGAAUGAGAAAUCCAAUACUUACUGGGAAGCGGAGUUGCCUCCCAAGUACAACAGAAUUGGAAUCGAGAAUUUCAUUCGCGCAAAGUAUGUGGAAAAGCGAUGGAUUCCCAGGGGUCGAACGCAAGAAUCACCUCCACGUGUAAACGGAGAAAAGGAAUCGCUUCAUAGACUAGGAGCUAUAAGUGGUGUUGGGUAUAAGAACUUGAAUAAUGUGAAUCCCGUUUCUACGGAGAAGAAAAUUAUUCACCCACCUGUUACAAAUAACAGCACUCCUAAUAUGAAAAGUUACUCGCAAGUGAAUGUAAAUGUACCUCAGAAGGUAAGAAUAGCUUUUGUUCGGUCUUAUACACUGAUUGUCAGUAAAUGCAUUUGCGUUUUUACAGUACUGCUGUUAACUUUGCUUUGCUGCCUGUCAGAUGGAGGAAGUACAUAUGUAGCAAAUGAACUACCCUGUAUGGUUUACCUAUCUUUCUUUUAUCUUUUUCUUUAUUACAUAUGUGAUUGUGACAUAGAAAUGAGCAUACUUUUUUUGCAGUCAAGUAUGGUGUCUCCAUUAUCCAUCCAUCCACAGCAGCUUGCUAUGCUUCCGAAACAACAGCCCAUCAUGAACACUACUGUGAAGCCUAAUGGUGGAUCCGAAGCCUUCCCUAUCAAUUCUCCUCAUUUCAGCUCCAAUGGCUUUCACUCUCCUGCUCUGAGUUUUGGAAGCGUUGGCCAUCAAGUUCCUGGAAUGGUAACGCCAGUUGCUAAUCGACAGAAUCAUAUGCAGAUGGGAAGCAACCGACAGAUGCACCCUGCAGGAAAUUCAGUGAAUUUUCCAACUUCCAGCUUCUCCAGCACAAGGCCAGUAGUUCCAUCAUCAACCAUCAGCAUGAAAAGCAUCGGAGGUAAGCCUAUCUCGCCGUCUCCGGUUCCUAAAAGCACACCAUCUCAAUGGGGAAAAGACUACGAUUUCUCGUCGUUAGCGUCAUUAACGCAAGGGAUGUUUACAAAGCGGUAACUCACCGGCAGAAUAAUUGGUGAGCAGAUAGAUUUUCAUUUCCCAUCACUCAUAAUCAAAGGGUAGACCGUCAUUGACUGUUAUAAUG